AUGGAAGAACAGAGGGGAAGUCCUGUUUUGAUGAUGCUUGCUCAAAACGUUUUGAUCGUCUUGUUCGUUCUGCUAACGGGGGAUGGCGAAUGCAAUGCUGAAGAUAGCGACAUGAAGCUCGCCCGUGCCCAGAAUCACUUCGCCCUCAAGCUUCUCAAGGAACUGUGCAGCGAAGAACCGGAAUCGAACAUCUUCUUCUCGCCGACCAGCAUCUCCGUCGCACUCGCCAUGGUCUACGCCGCCGCCAGGGGCAAGUCCGAAGCGGAAUUUUCCACUGCUCUUGGCCACACCGCAGCGGGACUGCCUAGCAGAGAAUCUACACUGGAGUCUUACAAAAAGAUUCUGGCAGAACAGCAGACUGAUGAUAAUCUAAGUUUGAUGAUAGCAAACGCAGUAUUUGUGCAGAAGAAGCUGAAAGUCCUCAAAAGUUACCGGAAGGAGCUCGUUGACAUCUUUGCGGCGAUGUAUCGGUCGGUGGACGUUGGGGGAGGAAAGUCUGCCAUGGAAUCCGAGGUUAACCAGUGGGUAAAGAACAAGACCAAAGACCAGAUCUCGGGCUUCAAAAUUCCUGCAGGCACCAUAACGGCGCUUCUCAAUGCCAUUAACUUCAAGGGGCUAUGGGAGACCCCUUCCGAUCUCAAGUAUUCCUUCUCACUUCCUUUUUACAACAAAGGAUCUGAGGUAGUUAUGGCAGAAACCAUGUCGCGAGACGGCACGGUAUUGUUCACCUCUGAACUCGGCUUGAAAUGUGAAGCCACAGAAUAUCCUUACAAAGGGGGCAGACAGAGCAUGAUAUUCUUCGACUUGAAAACGGAGUACAACCUCGUUCCUGCCCUGAAGAAGUUGGGUGUGGGUUCCAUCUUCUCUGACGCCGAUCUGUCGGGAAUCCCUGGCGGCGAAGGGCAGGUGGUAACCGAGGUCCAGCACAAGGCAGCCAUUGAGAUCAACGAAGAAGGCACGGUUGCCGCCGCCGCAACAGCACUGCGUGCGAGCAAAAAUCGUACACAAUCCUUUGUCGUGAAUAGACCUUUCCUCUUCUACAUCUGCGAGAAGGCUACCGGCCGUCUGCUGUUUUUGGGAGAAGUGCACGCACUCCCAGCCAUUAAAUAA